UUCACUCUCGUUUAGUCGGCUUCGGCUAUUAUACGCGCCCGAACGCGCGUCUUCCUUUUCGGGCAAGAGACGGACCGAGACGCGCAUCGCGCCGAGAAUCUCGAAUCUGUCGCGCGACAGUAAAGAUGCGAGCAGCCCUUUUCGUCUUUUGCGUUGCGCUCGCAACGGUGUCCGGUGAGAACGACAAACCUUGGUCCUGGGGCGACGACGAUAAGCAGAAGACGAGCAAGGCUGGAGUUGCCGAGGCCAGGUAUCAAGUAUACGAGCCUGAUUUCGAUGGCGUGGACGAGGCGGGCUUUAGACCGCAAAAUCCAGGCCCUUACGGUCCCAACAGCCGGCCGUUGGUGCCGUCGUAUCCAGGCAACAACGGUGUGCUCGUUGGUCCCGGAGGACCAACCGGAAUAGUCGGCAGGCCGCCACGUCUCAACGGACCGAAUGGACACGACGGUAUCCUGGAUUCGGUGCCGCCAUGGAUCCGAGGGGAUCCUCGUUAUCGCGAUCUCGAUACUUGCAAGUGUAGAUACAGCUUCAAUUGCCCGUCGCCCGGCUUGAAAUUCGGUCACUGCUCGAGGGAUAAGAAGUACUGCUGCUUCAACAGCAGAAAAUUUCCAGGAUUGUUAGGAAGUCAUCACCCAUAUUAUCCCGGCGCACCGCACAAGUACGGGCCGACGACGAAUUAUUACGGCAAUCGAGGACCGUACGGUAAUCCAUAUGGUGGCUACCGACAUCCGUCUUUCGGUGACUAUUACUCGAGGCCCUACGAUGGCAGUUACGGUCACCGUAAUGAGUUCGAGUCGUUACGGCCAUAUGGCUACGACGCGGAUCCCGACGAUUAUGAGAUCUACGGGAGGUCGUUGGGUAAGAAUCAAACGCAAGCGAGCGAGAAUCCGAGGACGGACGAGGAGAAAUGACUGUAAAUAAAAAAAUCUCGUCUCGAUCGAAUCGUUUCUCGAUCUGCCGUUAAGCUCGAGCGGUCGUUUCGGUCUCGGUGGAGAUGCCAAAGAUACCACAGGAAUAUAUAGAUGUACACGUACACGUACAUGUACGUCGAGUGAUCGUACGCGAUGUACAAUUAGAUGAGACACGACUCGAACACGAACUGUAAUCGCGUCAAUAAUUAAUUCGAAUGAAAUAAUACCGAUGCUUCGUCUCAAGCAUGAAUUUGUAAAAUGCGCACGUUGUUCUUCCUUGAGAAGGAGAUGUAACCUUACCUAACGGCGCCUCGCGAUAAUAAAUUAUAGCAAAGAUAACGUUGAGACGUAUAUAAUGUAUGUAAUGUAAAACACGUUUCUCUUACGAAUAUUUCUAUAAUUUCGAUCGAUUGUACACCACUUUCUACAUAUUCACUCUUUUGCCUUGUUUCUCAAAAAAGCAAAAGAUAAUAAGUCAUCCCGUUAAAUAAAUGCGAACGAAGCAAGAAACAAAUGAAUAAUGCUUAGCGAACAAUUGAUUUCUUUCACACAUACACGCGCGCGCGCGUACCGUUUCAUGUAAUAAAUAAAAUUUCUCGUGAGUUUGCGUUAUUAGUAUCUUCGCGCGU